AGCAGCCUUAAAAUAAAAGCAGAAAGCUGAAAAAGUCACUUAGAGUCACUUCAUAUCUAACAGACUGGGGGAGCUACAGGAAGCGGAAGACAGAGAGUAUAUUGUGGGUCAUUUUCAGAGGACAGAAGAAUAAUACACUCCUGUACUCCUGUUAUCUCACACUCAGUCUGCUCCCACAACAGCAGCCUCCAUCACCAGAGAGAAAGACUCUUAGCCUCAAAGCACGUCCUUGGAUAUUUCCUUUGAAGUAAAGGUAGAACAAUCGGCAGAAAAAAUGGGAUGUUUCGGAUUCCUCAAGGCUGCUAUGUUUGUUUUCAAUGGCAUCAUCUUUUUGGCAGGUGCUGCCAUCCUUGGUGUUGGAAUCUGGGUGAAGGUGGACAGCGGCUCCAUCCUCAGCUUUCUUGGGAAAAUUGAAGAUGCCCCAGCAGAGCUCAGUCAGGUGCUCAAUGUGGGCUACCUGCUGAUUGCAUUAGGAGGACUUCUGGUCAUCAUCGGUUUUCUAGGCUGCUGUGGAGCCAUCAAAGAGAGCAAGUGCAUGCUGAUGCUGUUUUUCCUCAUUAUCCUGUUGGUCUUCAUAGCGGAGAUUGCAGGAGCUGUGGUGAUCUUGGUAUUCAGACCCUUGUUGGACGAGUUGUUUGUCAAGUUUGGCACGGCAGCAGUUAAGAGCAUCAAAAAGGACUAUGGGAAAAAUUCCGACAUUACAGGACUGUGGAAUACUACAAUGAGCACAUUACAUUGUUGUGGAUUCUACAACUCUUCAGACUUCACUGGCUCUCCAUAUUAUACUGAUCACAGCAAUAGUUUCCCACCACAGUGCUGUGCAGACACUGAUGAACCAUGUACACAAUCGGUGGGUAUCACAGAGUCACAGUAUGACCAAUUUCAAAACCAUUUUGAAUGGAUAAAAGUUAAUUCUACCUUUUUACCUCUUUAUUUUCCUCAGACAAUCACUGGUUGCUUCCCAAAGAUCAAGGAUCUGAUUGAUAGCAACACAGUGGUUAUAGUGGGAGUGGCCCUGGGGAUUGCAGCUUUGGAGGUGUGUGCCAUGACUGUCUCCAUGAUCCUCUUCUGCAGAAUAAAAUCUGAGACAGCGUAACUGCUGCAAAUGACAGAAGGCUUUAGAGGAUCAUUUUAAUCACUGGAGCCUUUCUGCUUCCUAUCUGGCCUCUACAGAAGUGAAGUGCUAUGCUUUUAUCUUGCAAGAAUGCCGCAUUAUUUAGGACAGUUAGUGUCAGUUCUCAUGCAAUCAGAAUUCCUGAAUGACCUAACAAAUCAAUUUUUACUGCAUUUAAAUCAAUCUAACGGACACCGUACAUGAAUGUACAUUAUCUGUUUCUUAAGAACACUACACUUUGUAAAUAAAUUCAAUAUAAAAAACGCUACACACGCUGUCUACUUCAUAGCAAUUUAUUGAGGAAUUACAUGAUAAAUGCAUCAUUGUGAUAAUGACACAAAGACUGGUAUGUUGGACACAGGAACUAUUGUAAAGAAAGAAAAAAAAUCUACAAAUUAUUUGUAUGUAUGUUGUUGUAAGUUGAUACAUUUUGAAAUAAAGUGCAAAGUAUUUGUA